AAAUCCGUAUUGGUAUUGGUGUGUAUUGGGUUUGGGUGCAAUGAAGAAGCAGGUAGGCAUCAUAGGUGCUGGAAUGAGUGGCCUCCUAGCCUGCAAAUACAUGAGAGAAAAGGGUUUGGAUCCAAUUGUGUUUGAGGCCAAGAGCAGCAUUGGAGGCGUUUGGACUAAAACUCUCCACACCACCAAACUCCAAACUCCCAAACCAUUCUAUCAGUUCUCUGAUUUUGCAUGGCCAUCUUCUGUCACACAAGACUUCCCUCACCACCAUCAGGUCCUCGACUACAUUAAAGCUUAUGCACACCACUUUGACCUCCUCAAGCAUAUCCACUUCAAUACCCAUGUUCAAUCCAUUCACUUUCACUCUCAAGACCCUGCUGCUGAAGCCUGGCAUCUUUGGGGUGGAACCGGAGAGCCUUUCAGCUCCAAAGCAAAAUGGACACUCACUGUCCACAAUACCCAAAAGGAUUCCACUCAGCUAUACACCGUAGAUUUUCUGAUUCUCUGCAUAGGUCGCUUCAGUGAUGUUCCCAACAUUCCUGAAUUUCCGCCAAACCAAGGACCAGAAUUGUUCAGAGGCAAGGUCAUACACUCCAUUGACUACGCCUCCAUGGAUGCUCAGAUGGCUGCACAGUUGGUCAAAGGGAAACAAGUCACCGUGGUUGGAUUUCAGAAGUCUGCUCUCGAUAUAGCAAUGGAGUGCCAAGCAGUAAAUGGGGUUAAUUAUCCAUGCACAGUCCUGUACCGGACAGAACACUGGAACAUUCCAGACUACCUUCCAUGGGGCCUUCCUCUCACUUAUUUGUAUCUUAAUCGUUUCUCAGAACUCAUGGUUCACAAGCCUGGUCAAACCUUGCUCCUCAGCCUCAUUGCCACUCUUCUUGCACCUCUGAGAUGGGCAUUCUCGAAAUUUGUUGAAAGCCAUAUAAGAUGGAAGCUUGGAUUGAAAAAGUUUGGGAUGGUACCAAAUCAUAGUUUUGAUAAAGAAAUCAAUUCUUGUUUGAUCUCAACGGUUCCUGAGAAAUUCUAUGAGAAAGUGGAAGAGGGAAGUAUCGUGUUAAAGAAAGCUCCAAGGUUCUGGUUCUGCAAAGAGGGCAUAGUGAUUGAUGGAAAAGAGUCGUGGCCUCUGAAGUCAGAUUUGGUGAUAUUAGCCACAGGGUUCAGUGGUGACAAGAAGCUGAGGGACAUUUUUGUGUCUCCCACUUUUCAAAACCUUAUAGCUGGCUCUCCAAACGCAACCGUUCCACUAUACAGGGAGUGCAUACAUCCAGAGAUUCCGCAACUGGCGGUGAUUGGGUUCUCGGAAAGUGCUUCUAAUCUGUAUACCUCAGAGAUGAGGUGUCGUUGGGUUGCGGCAUUUCUGGAUGGCACAUUCAAAUUGCCAAGCAUUGAGGAGAUGAAGAAAGAUGUGGAGAAAUGGGAUGAAUAUAUGAAGAGAUAUUCGGGGCAAUACUACAGGAGGUCGUGUCUAGCUGCCUUGCAUAUAUGGUACAACGAUCAACUUUGCAAGGACAUGGGAUGGAAUCCCAGAAGAAAGAAGGGAUUCCUCGCUGAAUUAUUUCAGCCUUAUGGCCCUUGGGAUUAUUCUUCUUAAUCUAUAUCCACCCCUUGCCACUUUAAUAUACUAUCUAUAUCUCUUCAUUCAUUCUACUCACAGUGAUUUAAUGCUUGUUCUGCUUUUGCCACUUAGCAUAAACCUUAUUUUCUCACUAUCAAAUAAAUUCUUCAAUCAAAUCA